AUGCAACGUCGUCAGCCAGCAUUAUAUGUUUCAGUGAUUGAGAGACUGUCCGUUGUAUCAGAUAUACGAAGGCAAUUAGCCGAGAAAAGUCAAACGAGAUGUUUCUUCGAUAUUGGACUUAAAGAAGAAAAUCAGAAUUUAGGACGUAUAGUGUUUGAGCUCUACGACGGUAUUGUACCACGUACAUGCGAGAACUUUGCAGCUUUUUGCCGUGGAAUAAAUGGAUUCUCAUAUAAGCACACUCCAUUUCAUCGUAUUGUCUCUGGCUACUGGUGCCAGGGAGGAGAUGUGACAAAGUUUGACGGUACCGGCGGUAUCUCUAUAUAUGGAGACUCAUUCGAUAAGGAAAAUUCCAAUCUACGUCAUGCAGAACCUGGCGUAUUGUCCAUGUGUAAUAAUGAUGAUGGCAGGAACGACUCUAAGUUUAAUCUUACGUUUAAGUGCUUGAAAACCAUGGAUGGAGAUCGAGCCGUUUUCGGCCGGAUAAUAAGCGGACUGAGAAAUAUUUACAAGAUCGAGGAAUUCGGUACGAAGACUGGAAAGCCAAUAAAAUCGGUGAUUGUGUUAAAUUGCGGAGUCCUGUCGACGAAACGCCCGCAUGAAAAGCUGUCCAAACCACAAAUAUGACUGAGCUGCAUUAUCUCUAUGGGUGAAAAUAUAAUUUAUCACACAAUCUGACUCUAUGCACCAAUAAUUAUAACUUGAGCAUUAUUUUAUCAGGAAUUCUUACGAUCGCGUAAAUUAAAAAUAAUAUAAAAAGUGUAUAUUUUUUUCUAUAAAAGAAGC